AUGGCCCCCUCCGCAGUCAGCAACGGCUCCGCCUCCAGCGGCGCCGCGAAGCCCUUCAAUGCCCACGCCGCCUCCUCGUCGGCCGCCAUCCAUGCCGAGCACGAGCAUGCCGCGCACAACUACCACCCGCUGCCCGUCGUCUUCUCCAAGGCGUCGGGCGUUUCCGUGUGGGAUCCCGAGGGAAAGCACUACCUUGAUUUCCUGUCCGCAUACAGCGCAGUGAACCAGGGCCACUGCCACCCCGAGCUCGUCAAGGCCCUCACCGAGCAGGCUUCGCGGCUUACUCUGAGCAGCCGUGCGUUCUACAACGAUGUGUUCCCGCGCUUCGCCGAGUACAUCACGCAGACGCUCGGCUUCGACAUGGUCCUGCCCAUGAACACUGGCGCCGAGGCGGUCGAGACUGCGGUCAAGGUCGCGCGCAAGUGGGGCUACAAGGUCAAGGGCAUUCCCGAGAACGAGGCGCUCGUCUUCAGCGUGCAGGAGAACUUCCACGGCCGCACGUUCGCGGCAAUCACCAUGUCGACGGAUCCGGAGUCGCGCGAGAACUACGGCCCCUACCUGCCCGGAAUCGGCAGCUGGGACCCGGUUACCAAGGCUCCCAUCCGCUACAACAACGUCGACGACGUCCGCAAGGUGCUGGAGGCCCACGGCAAGAACACGGCCGCCUUCCUUGUCGAGCCGAUCCAGGGCGAAGCGGGUAUUGUCGUUCCUGACGACAGCUAUCUCCGCGAGGUGAAGGCUUUGUGUGAGAAGCACAACGUGCUGCUGAUUUGCGACGAGAUCCAGACGGGCAUUGCUCGCACUGGUCGCAUGCUCUGCCACGAGUGGAGCGGCAUCAAGCCUGACCUGGUUCUUCUGGGCAAGGCCAUUUCGGGCGGCAUGUACCCGGUGUCGUGCGUCUUGGGCUCCAAGGAAGUCAUGCUCACCAUCGAGCCGGGCACGCACGGCUCGACGUACGGUGGCAACCCGCUGGGCUCUGCCGUGGCCAUCAGGGCGCUGGAGAUCAUCCAGGAGGAGAACAUGGUUGAGCGCGCCGAGAAGCUGGGCAACAUCUUCCGCGAGGGCCUGAGGAAUCUCAACAGCCCCAUGAUCAGCCUCGUUCGCGGCAAGGGUCUGCUCAAUGCCAUCAUUAUCGACGAGAGCAAGACGAACGGACACAGCGCAUGGGACUUGUGCAUGCUGUUCAAGGAGAAGGGUCUCUUGGCCAAGCCCACUCACCAGAACAUCAUCCGUCUCGCACCGCCGCUGGUCAUCACGGAGGAGCAGGUUCAGCAAUCUCUCAACAUCAUUCGCGAGGCGAUUGAGGAGCUGCCGCAGCUGAAGGGAGCGAAGGAGGAGCAGGUGAUUCCUGCGGGCGAGAAGAACGUGCACAUUGGCGUGGACAACUAG